UGUCCUGCCCCAGCAGGGGAGGGACUGACCCAUUGAGAACAUGGAAUAGGGAUCAUCAGCCCCCACCUCCCCAGAGUAUGGCUUCUCAGGUGAGCCAGAACUUCCACACUGACUGUGAAGCAGCCAUCAAUAAUAUGGUGACUCUGAAGCUGUCUGUGAGCUAUGUCUAUUUGUCCAUGUCCCACUACUUCGCCCGGGAUGAUGUGGCCCUGGGAUGCUUCAGUGAAUUCCUGCGGGAGCAGUCGGAGGAGGCCCAGGUGCAAGCGGAGGAGUUCUUGAGUUACCAGACCCAGCGAGGAGGCCGAAUCCUCCUGAAAGAUAUCCAGAAGCCGGAGCAGGAUGAGUGGGGAACUGGACUGGAGGCCCUGCAGUCAGCCCUGAAGCUGGAGAAAAUGCUGAACCAAGGCCUACUGGACCUGCAUACCCUGGCCAAGGACAAAGACGACCCACAUCUGUGUGACUUCCUCAGAUCCUACCCCCUGAAGCAGCAGGUGACAACCAUCAAGCAGCUGGGGGACUACAUCACCAACCUGCAGCGGCUGGGAGGGCCCCAGAGUGGCCUGGGAGAGUACCUGUUUGACAAGCUCAGUUUGGGGGAGGGGAGGGCAGCCAAGUUGGCUCCUGGAGUAUCUGGUCCCCGUCUAGAAUAAGUGGAUAUGGGGUUCUUAUGUCCAGAGCUAUACCUGCUGUGAAUAAAAACUGUCAAAACUA